CCUUAUACAAACCACACCCUUCUAUAAAACAUUGCUCAUAUCCCUCUUAAAGAAGAACCAAAGAAGGCCCUCCUUCUCAGUAAAGCCCCUCGUCCGGUGAACCAUCUGUAAGAAAAGUACUCAUCCAUAUUACCAUGGCUAGAUCAUUAUCGAAUAUGGUCUUGAAGGGCAUUGAACAGUUGCGGCCAACUCCUUUUGUGAAAAUGGGAACCAUAAAUUCAGCAUACAAAUAUGGUCGGCAAUGGUCCACAACGAUUACUGGUGAUCCCGACAGUCAUGAGGAUUUCCGACCUGCGAACAAGCUUGCAAAUUCAGGCUCUUCUGUUCAAGAGGUUGUGGAGAACGAUGUUAAAGGAAACCAUAUAAUGAUAUACAUGAAAGGAGUUCCUGAAGCUCCACGCUGUGGAUUUAGUGCACUAGCUGUGAGAGUUCUGCAAGAAUAUGGUAUUCCUUUUAGUGCUAGAAACAUUCUGGAAAAUACAGAGCUGAAAAACGGAGUCAAAGCAUUCAGAAGACACAUACCCAUCUAUGUGGUCGUGAACAUGAAAUAUUGAGAAAAGCUAUUAUAUUAAGCUUGUUGCAGACGACAUGAUCUUGCAGUGCAAUUCUGAAUUCAAUUGGUCAUACUCAGUAAAAGGUUGUGAAACAGUACCCUACUGUCAGUGGUUUUAAGCACCUGGUGGAAAUUAUAUAUCAUCUAAUAUGAUAAAAACCAUCUUGUUUUGUAACGCAAGUGCUUGGAAAUGGUUUUGAAUUUUCAAAGUUAAUGCUGCUCCUACCAUUUGCAUUGCCUUACAUGAAAAGAAUGGCCAAACCAAGGUAUCCCUUUCAAUGGUUAGGCCUUAGGUGUCCACAUCACAGGUAAUUUCCCCAGAGUAAAGUGCAUCAUGCUUCCAAAGGUGUACCUGCCAUCUCAUGUCAAGUCCAAAAUAUAGGAGGAGAAGAUACUCAUUCGCACCUUUUCUCACCUUUCCUGUCUGUUGGGGAGUGGAUACACCCCUCAUGUUGUGGCACCUGGUUUGCUUUAUCGAAAAUGGGGAGGGAGACUAUCCCAUAGCCAAGCUCAAACAAAGAGAAAAUUGACUUUGUGGAAAUGACUAACUAGAUUAUAGUUGGUUGGAGUUUCAGAACAAGUAAAACACCCAAGUAGAUUGGACCUUCUAGAUACAAUUAUGAAGGUAUGGGUUUUUCCCCCAUUGAAGAAUGAUUUCCUUUGCGAUAAUUCGUGUAUUGAAGUGAAUUCUACUGAAGUCUGUAUUGGUUGAAGGAGUGAUUGUUUUAUAUGGUGAUCUUCUUGUCAGCAUGGAUGUCUUAGGUUACUUACUACCUUCACACCCAUUAUCCCCUUCUCUCAUUUUAAAAGGAAAUCUCUCUCUUUCCUGACACUACUCUGUGGCCCCAGCUGUUGGUCUUUUAUAUAUUUUGAGUAUUGAACCCUUGGCUAUUGCUUGGGAUCCCUUUGAAACCUG